CUUCCUGUAAGCUGAACGCUGAAUAAAAGAAACUGAGAACUCCAGCUGCUUCUCGUGUCUGUUUUCCCGCCAAGGACGCAACAAUAACAAUGAAAGGCUCAAAUGCAGUGUAUCACAAUGAAAACAGAAGCCUUGAUGCUAAGAAAGGGCGCUUUGCUUUGUUUGUGCACUUUUGGGAGAGAAAGAAUUAGAAUCUACUCAAUUAUUAAAAAAAGGUGUAAUAGUGCCUGUCUCCAUUUGACAGUGCAAGAUUAUGCCUGAGUAGACAAACACUGAUAAAACCUACUAACCUCAGUGAUCACAAGUGGGCAUUGUUUCAUCUUUAUACUUCAGUGUCAUUGCCUAUUGAACACCUCACUUCCGAUUCAAGUUCCUAACUACCCUACAAUUUUUCAAGCGCUUACAUCACAAAGGGUUGUAAACAUAAUGCCAAACAUAUAUCCCAUUCAGUGAAAUAGAGAAAGUAAUAAAUCUUGGUUGUCAAAAAAUGAAGACCAGAUUCAACAGCUAUUAAACUGAAAGUUUGUAGAGGCAGCUUGAAAAGAGAAGCAGAAGAGUUGCUUAAUCAGAAUAUACCCUUCCUUCUUUUUGCAAGCUGCUUCUUUCUCCCUCUUUGUUUCUCCUGCAGUUGCAACCACUGGUGGAAGUUGCUGCAGUUCUUAUGUGCCUCUUGGUUAGUCAGUCUUAGAAGGAUUUCUCUGCCUCGGCCUGGCAUAACAAAGAAUCUACAUGCCAUUCAAAAAAAAAAAAAAAAAAAGGUCUUCAUUACUGGUUCUCCUCUCUCCUCCCUUUCUAACACCACUCCCUUUUAACACAAGCCAAUAAGAUUGCUUCUAGGCCCACUAGGCUUUCCCUGUCAGUAUUCACGGGCUGCUUGUAAAUAGCAGAAGGAAGGAAGUGUUUGCAUAGAUUGAGCUUGGCUGAGAGAUUCAAGUAGCAGGAAGGAGUGAUGCUGCUCAGUAUAAACCAGAGAAUAUGGAAACGGGAUGCACUGUGCCACUGAAAUUAUCUGGGGCAAAAACUGAACACAGAGGCUUGCUAAACUGGUACCAAGCCUUAACGUGGCGUGCUGAACAGUAGUUGCAUGACUUUUUCACCUGGCUGUCGUCGUGUUUUUUUUUUCCUGCAAUGUGCACAAAUCAGUUUAGAGGACUUUUUAAAUCUCUAAAAGGGGCCCAUCUGAUUUCAGCAAUCCUUUCAACUGUUCACAUCGCCGUGUUCCACGAAAGACCAUGCUCAGUGUGAGUUUUAUUUUGGCAGUCUGGAUUGAUCUUGCUGGCAGGAAAGAGUGGAUUUCCAUCAUUUCAUAAUGAGUGUGCUGACAUUAACUCUAUUUAUUUGUAAACUCCUGGGGAAGCUGUUGGUACUGUUCGACCUGGGUGCUCAAGUUAGCAGCUUAAGCAAUGCUUCCAUUUUCACAAGAUGCCCUGAAGUUUGCAUCUGUACUGCUGAUCUCCUGAGUUGUACCAGGAAAAACCUCCGGCAUAUCCCUGUUCCACUGCCUCCUACAACUAUCACCUUGGAUCUCAGCCACAAUGCUAUUGUUCAUCUUCACGAUUAUUGCCUGACUACUUUACCACAUCUUGAAACCUUAAGGAUUAGCCACAACAAAAUAAAAAACAUCACCCAACAUGUGUUUCGCAAUGCUACUUACCUUCUGUACCUGGAUAUGUCCUCCAACCAUCUGCAGACUGUGGAAAAAUACUACUUUGAAGACCUUGUGAACUUGAAAGAGCUUCUCCUUUACAAUAACAAAAUAGUGGAAGUAGAUGAAAAAGCUUUCAUGACAUUAAUCAAUUUGCAAAAGAUCUAUCUAAGUUGGAAUAGGCUAACAAAAUUUCCAUUUGAGUCUAUUCAAACACUUCAACAUCCUUAUCUAAGGACGCUUGAUCUUUCUGCCAACAACCUAAGCAGCAUUCCUAUUCAAGUAAUAGCAAGUUUGCCUACGUAUAUUAAAAAUGGCUUAUAUUUUCACAACAACCCUGUGAAUUGUGACUGCUCUCUCCAGGAGAUGCUCCAGGAAUGGAAACAUCGCGGUUUCAGUUCUGUGCAGGAUUUCAUAGAGGAGCACACUUGUAAAGCCUAUCCCAAUAUGCUCUCCUUAAUUAAGACUUUCAAUUACAAUAAAUAUUUUCAAAUUUGUUCUUGGAACCAAAGAAAAUUUGACAUUCCAGAAGUGCUGUGCAGAGUGGGAGAAUCCUUGGUAAUAGACUGCAACACAAGCCUCCCUGAAGACAAUACCACCACUUACAGGUGGAUCUCCCCACGCCAUGAAUUAUUCAUGUAUCCCGAGCACAGUGAUCAGACACAUCAGCCUUUAAAAAAUGGAAGCUUAAAGAUCAUAAAUGUCAACCGUUCAUUCUCAGGCGUUUAUGAGUGCAUAGCAAUCAGUGAUCUCCAAAAGAUCAAUGAAACAUACGAAGUUAACGUGACAGUCCACAACUCCAAAUUAGUGGAAUCUUUCAGUACUAGCCUCACAACCCUUCUAGGGUGUAUUGUAAGCUUGGUAUUAGUGCUGAUGUACCUGUACCUUACACCAUGUUGUUGCUCUAAGUGCUGCAGGAAGCCUACAAGUCCUCCUCAAGACUGCAGUGCCCAAUCAUCUAUUCUUAGUACCACUCCAUCGGUCACAGAUGUAACAAAUCGCAAGAUCAGUGCAAACAAGCAUGUUGUUUUUCUAGAGCCUAUCAAGGAGAAUCACAAUGGCAAGGUCAAGCUGGCUGUCACUGAAGACUUUGAUGUGAACCCCCCCAAGCUCCUAAGACUUAAACUGGACUCAGAAUCAAUCAAUACAGCUUUUUCUAAUCCCGUCAUGUCACCAGCAGAUGCAUAGCAAACCAACUGCAGAAAGCCUUUCUUAGUGGAUGGCUGGAAUGGAAAACAAAAUCCUGUUUCCAUUCUGGGAGGAAGUGAGAAGACAAGAUAUAUUCAUGAAGGAUUUCCUCACCACAAUCUAUAUUUUUAAAAAUGUUUCUUGGAUGGAGGAUGCUGAAUCUUACUUCUUACAUUAUCUCCCCCCACUAAUUCCCAUCCAAUUGCUCCAGCUCUCUUAGGCAUGGAAAUGAAAAGCAGCUCCUUUUAAGCAAGGAAAGGAAUAAUUGUUCUCUGCACAUCCCAGAUGAUUGCCGCAUGCUUCAUUCUCAAGAUAAUACAAUGUUCUAGAAGGUUAUCUUCUCCCAUUAGAAAACUGCUGUGGAAUAUAAACUUGUGUUGUGGCUUUGACUUUUAGAGAACAAAGUUUUUACUAUAUAACAAGGCUGUUUUCAUCUUUGCAGAAGACCAAGUGCCUCAUAUAGCCACAUAGAGACCCUUUCUUACUUGCUCCGAAACUGCUCUAACUAGACACUGCUUCAAACCUCAAACAUUUGUGAAAAUAAAUUCUUGAAUCCACUCUUUCUACCAUCUGCACUGCUUAAAAGAAGUUAGCAUAAAAACAAGCCGAAGCAACCUUCCUUUUAGAAAAGAAACAAGCACUGCCCCAGAUGACCAUACUUGGAUAUGUGCAGUUAGCCCAUAGUGAAUCUUAUGUAUAUUCCUGGCUACGGAAAUCUGCAUUAAUAACAAUUUAUGCCUGGAAAGUACCUGAACUUGGACUGUCUAAAGCCUCUAGAGGAAAGCCUUUUCAAUGUCGUGAUUUCUAAGGACACUUAUAACAGAGCCUUCAAGAUUCAAGCUUGAACUGUAGAGAAAACCACCACCAAAACUGCUUUCAGUCAACACAAGUCUUUGCAAGGGGAAGCAAUAAACUUACACCAGGUCCUAUCUAUGGGUUUCUGCAGGGAAAGCAAGAGAGGGGCAAAUGAUAACAGAUAUGAGGGGUCCUUGGAGCUCUCUGAGCUAGGUUCGUUUUUUUUUUGUAGAUGUUUCAUUAUCCAAACUAGGUAACAUCAUCAGUGUAGUAAGGAAUGGGAUUUGCUCUCAGUCUAUAUUCCAGUGGCUCACCUUGUCAGGGCUGUUGGGGUUGAUCUUGGUGGUUCUUUGGUUGGGCUGUUUGCUUGUUUGGGGGUCCCUUGAUUGGGGCAUUGUUUACUUCUUGACUGUUAGUCUGAUGUUAAUCCCAGUGUCAAUCUAUGCUCAUCAGGAUGUUGAUUGCUCGUGGGGAGGUAUUUUGGUCUUUUUGUUCCCUUUCUAGCUUGUUCAUUGUCUCUUUUGCACAGUAUAUAGAUGCUGUUUAUGUCUAUGUAUCUAUUCAUGGCCAAUUUGUCAGAGUGCCAAGGCUUCCAGAAAUUCUGUACCAUUUUUGGACUUGGCUUGAAUGGUUUCCCAGUUGAAACUAUGGUUAAGUCUGUCCAUAUGUUAUGAAAUUAAAGAGUUAUCAUCAUGUCUUCUGAUGAUGUUACCUAGUUUGAGUAAUGACAUGUCUGCAAGAAAAUGACCAACUCAGAGAGCACCAAGGACCCCUCAUUUCAACCCUAAGCUGCAAGUAUUCUCUUUAUUGAUAACAUACACGUCAUCAUUUGUGAUAGCACAAUUUGUGUCAGGCAUUCUGAUGCAAACAUAUACUUUCAGCAUGUAUAUGAUUACAUCAUUACACAUGUGUCAUCAUUUUGGCAUCAUAGUUUACUGUGUACACUGCUGGCAUUACUGACUUGGAUAUGUGUAGACAUAUAUUAACCCUUAAUCAAAAAGGGGGGAGCUGAGCAGCUGACAUCAAAGUUCCCAGAUAAAGCACACUGUUUAUUGGUAUAGUCUUCUCCUGGAAAUGGGGUACAUGUGUCCUCCUUUCAAGAAAGAAAGUACAACACUCCAUUUCUUGAUUAAGCAGCACUACAGAGAAUUGUCAAGAUCUUUUUGAAUUAGAAUAGCCAAGGUCUGUGGUUGUGUGUAUUAAAGGAUCCUUCUGCAAGGGUACCAGAAACAAGAUAAAAGGUUGUAAAAUUUUUGUUUAUAUUUUAUUCUGUGUACUUAUGGCUAUAGUGCAUUGUGGAAUUUGAAGCUGAAAUUUAUUUCUUAAAAUGUCCAUCCUUUAUAUAUGAAAAAACAAAAUGUAUUUGCUAAAGGAUCAAAAACCAGGAAGCAUAGGUGAUCUAAAGUACAGAAUUUCUAUUGCAUUUCCAAAUAUUUAUUAUUUUGCAGGCCCUGAGUCAUUGCCAAAUUAUUCAAAAUAAAAUAAUUGUUUCCAAAACUUAAAAAAUAAUUAUUUUCAGAAUUUAUUUUGAGAGUAAAGCACACAUUGCUUCUGCAAAAUGAAUGCCAUUCUGAUUAUAAAACAGAAAUCACUCUCCAAAACAUGUAAUCAGGGAAGAGGGGAUGUCUUGAAAUUUUGUUUACCUUUCUUCCAUGUAUAUAGUUCUAUAAUGGAAAAGAGAGACCUAUCAGCUUUCAGGUCUUGCUGAGCAAUAAUUUGCAGGAUCCCUCAACAUUAGUGAUGCUAGCUGGAGGCACUGGUCUAGUUAAUCUGUAAUAUCUGGAGGAUCACAGAUUCCUUUUUCCCUGUUCCAAUUGUACUCUAGAUAUAUUAAAUAUUCCCAGAAGGGGCUUUCAAUUUUAUAUCUACUUUAUUUAUUUAACAAAUAUAUACAGUCAGCCUACCUACAAUGGGACUUUCUUGGUGAUAACAAUGCAUAACGAAAUCAAUAAAAAGAAUGAAGUUGA